AUUAAGAAUAUCGUUGGAGAUGUUUUGAAAAAAUUGCAUGCCAUGUAUUCAAGUCACACUAUGGCGGGUCUACUUGGAAUUGAUGUUCGUGUUAGCAAAGUUGAGUCUUUGUUAAAUAUGGAAUCUCCAGAUGUUCUCAUUGUAGGGAUAUGGGGAAUGGGUGGUAUCGGCAACAAUCUGAUUUGCGAAGAAGAUUUCUUAAACGGCUGCUUGGCCAAGAAACUCUGAACACUAUGGGCUCGUUGAGUUUUCGAGAUUCUUUUGUGAGGGAUAGACUUCGUCGAAUAAAGGUUUUUAUUGUUCUGGAUGAUGUGGAUAAUUCAAUGGCUUUGGAAGAAUGGAGAGAUUUGCUUGAUGGACGAAACAGUUCAUUUGGUCCGGGCAGUAAAGUUCUCAUAACAAGUAGGGACAAGCAAGUGCUUAGUAACAUAGUAGACGAAACAUACAAGGUUGAGGGGUUGAACUAUGCAGACGCUAUUCAACUCUUUAGCUCAAAAGCCUUGAAGAAUUGCAUCCCCACAAUUGAUCAAAGACACUUGAUAAUAAAGAAUGUAAGGCAUGUACAAGGCAAUCCGUUGGCUCUUAAAGUUUUGGGUUCCUCUCUCUAUGAUAAAAGCAUCGAAGAAUGGCGCAGUGCAUUGAAGAAACUAGCUCUGGACCCUCAAAUCGAAAGGGCGUUGAGAAUUAGUUACGAUGGGUUGGAUUUAGAACAAAAACCCAUAUUUCUUGACAUAGCACAUUUCUUCAAAGGACGGAUGCAAGGCGAAGCAACAGGAAUAUUAGAUUGCUUAUAUGGUCAGUCUGUGAAUUUUGAUAUAAGCACGCUUAUUGAUAAGUGUCUCAUAAGUACUGCAAAGGAUUACUUUCAUCGUGACAAGCUAGAAAUGCAUGAUUUACUACAAGAAAUGGCAUUUAACAUUGUUCGUGCAGAAUCUGAUUUUCCUGGCGAACGUAGCAGGUUAAGUCAUCCUCCUGAUGUCGUUCAAUUAUUGGAGGAAAAUAAGGGUACUCAACAAAUUAAAGGCAUAUCUUUGGACAUGUCCAUGUUAUCGAGACAGAUACACUUGAAAUCUGAUGCAUUCGCAAUGAUGGAUGGUCUUCGAUUUCUCAAUAUCUAUUUCAGUCGUUACUCCAAAGAAGAUAAAAUAUUGCACCUUCCUCCUACUGGCCUUGAAUAUCUUCCUAAUGAGCUGAGAUAUUUUUUAUGGUCUAGAUUCCCUUUGAAAUCCUUGCCGCCAUCUUUUCGUGCUGAACACCUUGUCGAGCUUCACCUAAGGAAAAGCAAGCUUGUAAAACUUUGGACAGGAGUAAAGGAUGUUGGGAAUUUAAGAAGAAUUGACCUAUCUGACUCUCCAUAUUUGACGGAAUUGCCAGAUCUAUCAAUGGCCAAAAAUUUAGUGUCCUUAGAUCUUACGGACUGUCCAAGUUUAAUCGAGGUUCCGUCAUCUCUUCAAUAUCUUGACAAGCUGGAAAAAAUUUAUCUCUUUCGUUGCUAUAAUCUUAGAAGUUUUCCAAUGCUUGAUUCAAAGGUUCUCAGAUUCCUUCUUAUAAGUCGGUGCCUGGAUGUGACCACGUGUCCAACGAUUUCACAAAAUAUGGAAUGGUUAUGGUUGGAACAAACUUCAAUCAAAGAAGUUCCACAAUCAGUUACUGGCAAGUUGGAACGUCUUUGUCUAAGUGGUUGCCCAGAGAUCACCAAGUUUCCAGAGAUUUCAGGGGAUAUAGAAAUAUUAGAUCUAAGGGGAACUGCUAUUAAAGAGGUGCCCUCAUCAAUCCAAUUUCUCACAAGACUCGAAGUGUUGGAUAUGAGUGGUUGCUCAAAACUUGAGAGCCUCCCAGAAAUCACAGUGCCUAUGGAAUCUUUGCAUAGCCUUAAGUUGAGUAAAACAGGCAUUAAAGAGAUACCCUCAUCAUUAAUUAAGCAUAUGAUAUCUUUGACGUUUCUAAAUUUAGAUGGAACGCCUAUUAAAGCGUUACCUGAGCUUCCCCCUUCGCUUCGUUAUCUAACAACACAUGACUGUGCAUCACUAGAAACCGUGACAUCAAGCAUCAAUAUCGGUAGAUUAGAGUUAGGAUUGGAUUUUACAAAUUGCUUCAAAUUGGAUCAGAAACCACUGGUAGCAGCAAUGCAUUUGAAAAUUCAGUCCGGAGAGGAGAUCCCAGAUGGCGGUAUUCAAAUGGUACUACCGGGGAGUGAAAUUCCAGAAUGGUUCGGUGACAAAGGAAUUGGAUCUUCACUCACCAUGCAGUUGCCGUCCAAUUGUCAUCAGCUCAAGGGAAUUGCUUUCUGCCUUGUCUUUCUACUCCCUCUUCCCUCCCAUGACAUGCCUUAUGAAGUCGAUGAUGAUAUUGAUGUUAAUUUAUAUCUUGAUUACCAUGUUAAGAGUAAAAACGGUGAGCAUGAUGGUGAUGAUGAAGUCGUCUUAGCUUCCGGGGAAAGAUGUCAUCUAACAUCUAAAAUGAAGACAUGUGACUCGGAUCACAUGGUUCUACAUUACAUGGCUCUACGUUACGAGCUCGAAUUGGUAAAUCGUUUACGUAAAUAUUCCGGCAAUGAAGUUACAUUUAAAUUCUACCACCAUGAAGUGGUCAACAUGGCGAGGAAGGUAGGUAAUGAGAUCCAAAGGCCUUUCAAGUUGAAAAGCUGUGGGGUGUAUCUGCACUUUGGUGAAAAUCUACCGGCGGACACGGACGGGUACAGAUAUUUACCCGUUAACAAACAACGGUUCAGAAGAAAAUAA